AUGAAAGACACAAAUGAAGAUGUAUUUCAUGGGAUAGUCCCUCUUCCUGGCGUAUAUUUGGAGAAGAUGCUUACAGACCCACCCAGAAGGAACCCGAAUGCCUUGUUGGAUGGUCUGGUUAUUUCCCCGAAAAUCAUCGCAACAUUAAUCCAGUCAAUUCCCAUGCCAUGGGAAACUGAAAAGACUGUCACAUGCGCAUACAAUACAGAUGGGAUAAUUUUAGGAUGCAAAAGCAAAAACAGUGAAGAUAGUCUAAAUUAUAAGUGUAAAUGGCUAUAUAUCUUAGAUGGGAUUGUGUCUGGUCUUAUAUACAGUGUUAAAAGAAGUAAUUAUACAAUUCACGAGUAUAAGAGACUAAGAGAAAAAUAUCCUCAGAUGAAAAUAUCCAGAAAAAUAAAUAAGGAGAGACUGUUCCCUCUUCUUUAUAACAGAGCACGUGACUUCUCUAAGGACAUAGUUUCUCCAUUUGCAGGUUCCCAUGAAAUUAUUUCUGAAGAAUGCGAUGAAAGAAGGGUUAUGUCUAGAGAGAGUAAUAGUGUCAUAUUAGAGAGAACACAGAGAAGGGAAAAGACAAAAAGAAAGAGAUCCCAUGGGAAAAAACAGAAUAAUCCAGGAAUAUCCAGUAAAAGUCCUUAUAAAUCCCCGAAAAAAGAGUUUGAAAGCACAAUGGAAUGGAGUAAGUUUGCUAGGCUGUACGUGCACCAUGGAAGAAAUAUACUUAAUUACGUUAUAACCGAAAGAAAAAUCAAGUACUUAAAUAUUUCUGAUAAUUAUGCACUUGAAAGGAGAAGGGUUCUUACUACAAAGGAGAAAAAGAAAAGUCGCAUGGGACAGACCUUUCACAUUGUACAAGAACUUUUCAAACUGCUUUCCAGAAUAGUUUGGAUUAUUGAGAAAAAAAACUCAAAGGAAAUUACCUUGCACCAGUCACUGGAGUAUUUAUUCCAGGAAUUCACUCAGAUAGGCGUAAAUACAGCCAUAUACAGAUACAAGUACUCUACAAUUAAGCAGAUUUCUGAGAUGUCAAAAAUAGCAAGAAUUCUUAGCUUGCAGAAAGAAAAGACAAAAGUACCUUAUGACUUGAUGUGGUGUGAGACAUGGCGUAUAUGGACACUUUUUCUUCUGGGGAGUGCUCCUUUGUUUUCAAGUCGACUGGCAGAUUAUGUAGUCAGAAGACGAGAAGGCAGAAGAAAAAGACAGAAAAAAAUAACAAAGCAAAGAGUCAAGUCAGCAGAAGAUAUCCAGUUUAAAGAAGAUAUUCUAGAUGCAAUCUCAGGAAUAGUCGAUCUACAGCAGAUAAAUCAGCAGGUCCUUAAGAAUAUAAUGAAAUCCGCAUGGAAGCAAUGGAAAAGAGAAGAUUCUUAUGAGGAGUACAUAAGAAAAGAAGCAGACAAAAGGUACUUUCCACUAAAAGAACACCAAAGCAUAAAAGGACUUCAUGAAAUACUUAUAUCAAAGAUAGAAGAAAAAGGUAAUUUCUGGUGUAAAGAAACAAUAGAACAAUGGAACAAGUACGUACAAUGCAAGAUAUCAAAUAAAAAGGAAAUUAGAAAGAUAAAAUCAAGGAUGCUCAGGGCUGCAAUGCUUCUGAAUAAAAGAACCCAAAGAAUAUGCUUGGAAAAAGAGUUUUCAGGUGAGAAAAAACAACCAAUAGAUUUACAACGGAUUUCCUUCGAUCAGAACAAAGAUCUUCUUGCAUUAGAAACCUACAAGAAAGACACUUUAUAUGAUAUUUUAGAAGUUUCCUUGAAUAAGCUAGCCAGUACAUACAAAAGACACCUAAAACAAGAAGAAAAAAAAGAAGUAGAAUUUCUGAGAAAUUCUCUAGUAGAUUUACCUAAGACACUCGCCUGGGUGACAAAAAGAAUUUCAAAAAAAAAAGAGACAGUAAAAAUACUGUUAGAGUACGGACAAGAUAUAACCAAAAAAUACUCAAUUGAAGAAAGAGUAGUAGAUGCAUAUUUAGAGCACCUUAUAUCUUACCAUAUACAUAUCUCAGGAAUUGCACAAAAAACACUACCACUUGAUGAUGAACCAUUGCCUGUCACCCUUAUGAAAUAUGCAAAAGAGAUGCAAAGAAUAACAAAAGAAAGACAUGACCAAGAAAUAGUCCCUGGAGCAUGUCCUUCUGAAGUGUACUUUUCCUCUGUGAAUUUGGUGAAUCUGGUGAAUGAAAUAGACAGAGACUCUCUUAUGAUUCUUCUUAAUGAAAUAUGCGACAAAACCAUAUCUGAAUAUAUUGUAGCACAGAGUGCAUGUACGCUUGUGUAUAAGGAUAUUUCAUCGAUGCAAAGGAUUGGUCUAUCAAAGGGACUGGAAUUUCAUUCGGUUGUGAGUGAAAUUAUUUUGCAAAGAAUUGAUGUACUUCUAUUAGAAGAAGCAGAAAGUGCAGUACUUAAGUACUUUAGAUGCAGCAGUACCAUGUACAUUCUACAUACAAAAGAUCUAUUCUCAAUUGAACUUUUAAAAAUGAAAUGGCUGAAGGGUCUCUCUGUGCCUUGUAUUAUAAAUGAUUUAGAUCCACAAGAAAGCAUUCUGAAAGAAUUCUCUGCAGUGAAUGGAGAGACAAAUCAGUUUCCAACGGGUUUUUCCUAUUUAAAAAAAUCACAAGAUACUGCAGGAAGUUAUAUACAGAAUAUAUUCGGGUCUGCACUCUCCUCUACCCUAAUAGAUGCAUUCCCUGUUGUACUCUCUGCUGGUGACUUUGACAUACGCCUGUCACACGAAUCUGCUUCAAUUCAGGCAUCACAGCAAGCACUAAAUCAGUUUCAGUUGUGCGCCAGGAAGAUAUACUAUGACACAGCAGGAAGCUCUUUUGCAAUUGCAGUAGACAGGUGGAACCGCCUGGUGACUCAGAAUAUUUUGUUUUUCCGAGAGACUCUUACAACGGACUUUUUUCAGGUAAUUGAAGCCUUUGAGGAAAAGAUUAAAAGAAGAAUUAUGUCGACAGUGAAUACGCAGAUGAAAAAAAGGUUCCCUAAUGUGAUGUUCUACUCAGGAAAGGAUGUGGGUGGUCUUGGCUUCAUUUCUCAUCUUGUUCUUAUUAAGAGCAUAUCCACGUGGUCAGAUGAAAUAGAACUCUCGCAGUCACUGUACAGCAGAAUACUUGGAGUUUUAAAUAACGGAAAACCUGAAAAUAUAAUGGAUUCAGUAAAUACGUUAUUUAAUGACCUGAAAAAUGAAGGAAUUCAGAUAAAACACGCAGGUAUACCACGGGUGCAUGCUUUCAUGCAUAAAUCAAAGAUGCACAGGUGUGAGACAGGAUGGAGACUUCGAAAUUAUAAUUCAUCCGGAAUAAAAAGAUGGACAAACGAGGUGCACGAUGGAUACUGGGUCAUAUGGACAAGAUAUAAUGCAUUACUACACAGUACAAAUGGAUUUUCAUUGAAAUCUUCUACAGUUAAAUUUGUCUCUUCACCAGAAAAAUCACAAAAAUAUCACGCCACUUUAUACAGGACUGUCAGACAAGCAUGGAACACACAAGAGACAAAUUUAACUGUAGAAGAUGAAAAUAAAGACCCACUUAUUGUGCAGCAAAUUAUAUGCCACACACAGACGAAUACUUCUACAGCACAAAGGACAAAGGCGCAGAUAGGCGAAACAGCCAGGCUCCCAAAUAAAAUGUUUAUGCUCUGGUGGAGUCCCAUUAUAAACCGCAGCAAAAUAAACGUGGGACACAAUACGCCCAUCCCAGAGACACUGAUUCCCAUGCAUGGAAAAUUCUCUUCACUUAGACUAAGCUAUGAGAAAUUAUUCAGUAGCAAUUUAUGGCAGGAAAUACACAAGCAAAUAGUCCUGCAAAUAAUCAGUAUCUUGGAAGGAGCAAUCCUUAAGCAUAAUAUAACGGAAAUUUCAGUUAUAAAUUCAGAGACAUCACUUAGUGAAAAUAUUCUCCCUUGCAUUUCAUUCGAAAUCAGGGACAAGGUGCUUAAUUCUGCCUGGGUAGCACUUAGGCUCAGAUGGAGUGAUAUUGACUCAGUCCCUGUACAGUCAGAGUGCAAGGAAUAUGUCCAGUAUAUGUCUGAGUCUGCUUCAAAAUAUUCUCACACUCCAUUUGGGUGCAUUGUCCUAGUAGAUCUACUAAGGUGUGAAUACUCUGUAGAAGCCACUGACCCAUCAGUCAUAGAAGUCUCUGAUUUAAUUAGCAAAUCACUGUGUCAGUCUCUGUUGAACUUAAGUGCCUUGCAGGUCUUAAAGAACAGAGCAUCUAGGCUUGUUGGGUACUCUAAUACUGCAGCAGAAACCUCUUUAUUUAAUCCUAGGUCUUUGUUCAGGUAUUCUGAUAAAACCGUUUUUUUACAACUGUCUGAAACUGAAGUAGUCUGUCUUAAUGUGCACACAGGACAGGUAUAUCGCAGCAAAUUCAAGCGAGAGACAAAAUUAGUGCAGAUCCUUAAGUCUCUUGAUGAAAUUAUCAGUUGCAACAGGAUUCAGUAUGCAUUUUCACUUCCUAAGACGCACUCUCUUCUUUCUAAGUCAGGGAUUAUUUGCGUAUUCAUACCGUGCAAUUUAGUGAUUGAAAUGACAAAAAUACCUGUCUCAUUAGAGAAUGUAUAUGCUGCGUAUACGGGUACUCUUUCAUCUUAUACGUAUUUCUUUAGGACUGCGCUUAUUCUUAGGCACUCUUUACUUUGUGCAGAAAAGUCAGUUAAUUUACUGCACGAAAAAAGGUCAGAUGAAGAGUGGAUUGAAUUGGAGAAUAGGCUUACCAUGGAUAUAUGCAGGAAAUUAGGCCAGGAAAGUGGAGUUACAGGGGAAUUACUUGUAGACUCAGAGACCAUCCAGAAGGAAUUCGAAAAUAUAGUUUUUGGAGUGGACGUAAGACACCCUUUUAUCGUAAAACAAGCAGAGCGCAAGGACUGGACAAAUAUGACAGACUGGAGAUACAGAUAUCAGCUGGCUGAUAGUGCACCCUUGGGGAAAGGUGAAAUUUCUAUGGGCGCAAGUUCAGGUGCGCAUGAGAUUUCUGUGAAUUCUUUGGAAGAUGCGUUUUUGUUUGAGAUUGAUAAGAAUGUGAUAAGAACUUUUCUUCAAAUUUCAGAUCCACUGAUUCCUGUCAUUGGUCUUAUAUGCAGUGAUUCUGCACACCCAGAAGUCUCCAUAUUUAUUACACCAAGGCAACUAUUUAUCUCCAGAAAUUUCUACAUCUCUUCACUUUCCAUGGACUCUUACAGGAUUGAGGCAAUUAUCCAAACAAAAACAGUAUUUUCAGCAGAGAUUGAAUUUACAUAUAGCGGCCUGUCACUUACAGCAGGAGACCAUAUUAUGGUGGUUUCUGUUGAUAUUUCUACAGGAAUAUGCACAGGAAAUAUGUGCGUGGUAGAUUCAAUUGGAGAAACUUUCUCAUUGCACCCGCAGAAAUCAGUUAAAAUUACAAAAACCCAGAAAAGAACCAGGUUUUUAACAGCCGUUGGAUGGAACAGAAAUAUCAAUGAGCACAAAACCAAUCCUGUCUUAGUCCCUGAGAAGCCUCUUCCAUUUUACUCAGAAGAGUUCAGAAAAUCACACUUUCAGAAUUGA